AUGAGACUCGCCCACCUCCACCUCCCAAACACCACACCCUUCACCCGAGUCUCCGCCCUCCAACAAGCCCUCACAACCCGCUUCCUCACACACAAAAGACUGUCCUCACCAUCCCCGCAAGAUCCAAUCCGCACAUGCAAUUCCAUACAACAAACACCCCCGCCACCCCCAGACCCGACUAUCAUCACCUUCACCCCAAACCCCGUCUACACCACCGGCCGCCGCGACCUGCCCCCCCUCGAACACCUCUCCACCCGACCCACUAAACCUCUCGCUGCCACCGCCUCUCGAACCAAUUCGCGCACUACUCACGCCCUCGGGGCCAAACCCGGCGAAGGCGGAAUGGUCGCAUAUACAAUCCUAGAUCUGAAACGGCUCAAUCUCACACCGCGGUGUCACAUCCGGGUCCUAGAAAACAGCGUCAUCGACUUGUUGAAGCAAUACGGGGUAAACGGGUUCGUCACGGAAGACCCCGGUGUAUGGGUAUCAGACAAGACGGGCUCGGGGUCGAGCUCGGUACCACCGAAGAAGAUUACCGCGGUGGGUGUGCAUUUGAGACGGAAUAUUAGCAGUUUUGGAAUUGGCUUGAAUGUUACCGAGGAGCCGAUGUGGUAUUUUCGACAGAUUGUAGCGUGUGGGCUUGAAGGGAAAGAGGCGACUAGUUUGGAGGGGGUUGGUGUGACGGGGGUUGGGAUUGAUGAGGUUGCGGCUGCUUUUGUGGAGAGGUUUGUGGAGAGGGUUAAUGAGGAUUUUGCGUGUAAAAAGGGGGAUGGGGAGAAGAUUGAGGAGGUUUAUCCUGUUAAAGAGGAGGACUUGCUGCUUUGA